CAUGCUUCUGCAGUUCACCGAAGAAUUUGCAAUCGCGAACACACUUGCCGUCACAUUGUUCUUCCGGGCCCAGGCAAUAGUCUGCUCUCCCAAUCACCAGUCAGUACGCGCACCCCGCAAGCAUGUCAUCAAUAAUUCCUGCGGACGACGAGGAUGACUACAUGUCAAUGAUCAUACCAGAUGCAAAACCGAAGAAACCUGAAACCUCUAUCCAACGCCGAGCUCGAAAGCAACGCGAAAAUGAAGAACGUGCGCGUCCCAAGUCCAAGACGGAAAUCGAAGCAGAGAAGGAGAAGGCUCGCGAGGCUGCUCUCAAUACUGCAAUCGACAGCUCCAAUAAAGGAUUCAAGAUGAUGGCAAAACUAGGCUUCAGACCCGGUGAUACCCUUGGGCGCUCUGAGACGGCUAGAAAAGAACCAAUCAACAUCAGUGUCAAAGAUGACCGAGGAGGUAUCGGAAUGGACUCGGAGAAGAAGCGCAAGAUAAGGGAGGCCGCAGAAUCUGCAGAGAGGACUGCGAAAAAGGUCAAAGCCGACGAGGGAGACUACAGAGAGCGCAUGCGAAUGGAAAGAGAAGAGCGCAAACUCUUCGGACAGCUGAAGGGUGCCCAAAAGGUAGCUGAAAAGCUCGACAUGGAACUUGAGGGACAGAACAGUGACGGUGCUGGAGACACCGAGGCGCAAUCCGUGAUGAUACAAGAUAAGCCGCUGAGACAGAUCAAUGUGCUAUAUAGGACUCUAGAGCAUGACCGACGCCAUAAAGAGCGCGAUCGUGAACUGCGAGCUGAGCUACAAGACCGGCUUUCGAGCCUCCAAGCAGAUCAUGACACCGAUGAGGACGAGGACGAUCGCGUCGCGUUAGGCAAAACGGUCAAGACUUCACUUAUCGCUGAGGACAUUGACGAAGAAGACCUGGAGCUUGAGCAAUUUGAGAGUCUUCCCCUCUCUGACCGUCUGCUCAAAGUUACGAGCUAUCUGCGUGAGAAACACCACUAUUGCUUUUGGUGCAAACAUGGGUACGCCGAUGACAGCAUGGAUGGCUGUCCCGGAACAACUGAAGAUGACCAUGACUGACACAGUGUCUAUUCAAAAUUCAAACACUAUGACGACUGGGUGACUUGAUGCUAACUCUGAAUGUUUGCUCCGUCGCUGAAUGGACGCUCUGCCGCUCAAGGUAUUUUCAGGAUAGACAAGUGUAGACCUCCUGGUUAUUUUCCACUUCAACAUUGUAAGCCAUAGAACACGUUCUAGCCAGUCAGGAAAUUGACGUCCUGGCACUCUACACAAUAACAACAGCAAUGUAAACAUGUGCACAAACUCGUAG